AUGCCGGGCGCCGCGGGCCCCUUCCUCCCGCGCAGCCGGGACCGGCCCGAGGAGCGGCGGCGCAGAGUGGCCCCGCUGGCGGCCGUACCCCCGGCGGGAGAGGAGGAGCCGCUCCUCAGGGGCAUCUUCGAGAUCGGCAAGAGGAGCUGCGACGUGGUUCUGAGCGCCCGACGGCUGCAUUGGAGUCCCAUCGUGCCCGAGAGCCCCGCAGGUGAUUCCAGUACAGCUUUACAGGUGAAAGAGGAGAUUAUUGAAAUGAAGGAUGUAUUUUCAGUGAAAGUGAAGCGUCGCCGUUUUGUUGGACAGAAGAAAGGUGGUACUUUGUUGGGUAUCACUGUUUUUAAAUGCUUGCAUAAAGAAGAAAAUAAACUAACAGACUGUGCUAUCCACUUGAAUAACUUCAGUGAAGACCAUUGUCAUUCAUGGUUUAGAUGUCUAAAGGAAAUUUUGAACGGGUUUCAAAAUAGGCCAAAAUCCUUGAAAGUAUUUGUUAAUCCAAGCAGCCACAAAAGAGAAGCCACUCAUAUUUAUUAUGAACAAGUGUCACCUCUUUUUAAACUUGCUGAUAUAAAAACUGAUGUCACAGUAACUGAAUAUGAAGGACAUGCUCUGUCAAUACUUAAAGAAUGUGAACUCCAAGCAUUUGAUGGAGUAGUUUGUGUUGGUGGAGAUGGAUUUGUCAGUGAAGUUGCUCAUGGUCUGCUACUUAAAGCCCAGAUAGAUGCUGGAAAGAGCACAGACUUCAUAUCGGCGCCUGUCAGAGCACCAGUCCCUCUUGGAGUGAUACCAGCAGGUACUACUAACAUUUUGGCCUACACUCUCUAUGGCAUCAAACAUGUGGUGACUGCAACGCUGCACAUUGUAAUGGGUCAUAUUCAACCAGUAGAUGCCUGUACUUUCAGUACUCCAAGCAGGCUUUUGCGUUUUGGGUUCUCGGCUAUGUUUGGUUUUGGUGCAAGGACUCUAGCUUUGGCUGAAAAGAACCGUUGGAUGCCCUCCAAUCAGCGAAAGAACUUUGCUUUUAUCAAAACACUGGCAGAUCUCAAGACAGAGAAAUGUGAAUUAUCAUUUCUACCUCUACAAAUUCCACAGGAAGACUCUUAUGAGAAUGACAGAAAGAAAAAAGGAAAAAACAAAAAAAAAGGUAGCAAGGAUCAGUGGCACAAAAUUCAGGGUGACUUCCUGAACGUGAGCAUUAUGGCAAUCCCUUGUCUGUGUUCAAUGGCACCAAGAGGCUUGGCACCUAAUACGAGGUUAAAUAAUGGAAGCAUGGCUCUGAUUGUUGUACGGAAUACCUCCCGAACUGAGUUUAUAAAACACCUGAAAAGAUAUGCCAGUGUAAAAAAUCAGUUCAGUUUUCCCUUUGUUGAGACAUACACAGUUCAAGAAGUAAAAGUGCAACCAAGAAUUGAAAGUGGGCUUGAUGCUGAAGAAAACACUGCUGCAGAAGAAAAUUACCCUUGGAAUAUAGAUGGGGACUUAGUAGAAGCAUCAGAAGUUCAUGUUCGGGUGCAUCCUCGACUUAUUAAUCUCUAUGGAGUGAACACCGAUGAUCUGGAGAGUUCCAAAGCAACGUGCAAUUGCAUAUAGAAGGGAUACACUGAAUGUUCUUUAUAAGUCCCUGUCACACCUGUAUGCUCUUCUUUCUAUGUCCCAUUCUUGCACUUAUUGAACUCAGUUGUAAAAGGAAGGAUGUUUAUUACAUUUCUAGUUUAAAAUUUUUAUCAAAUUAUAUAUUUUUAUUGUUAUA